CAUGCAACGACAGCUGAUUCUCUGCAAAGACUCGCUCGUCACGCGCGCCGGACUCGCUCAACGCCAACGGAAUCGCUCGCCGCGGCUCCGCACGCCCAGCGCCAACUACGCCGCAUAUAGCUCACGAAUCCGUUAGCAAACACUACGGCUGUACGUGUAUAAAUACAACCCUAUAUUGAUGAAUACAAGCAGCGGAUCCAAUCCUCUUCUACAUGGUAUCAGUGACCGAAAGAUCUCCCAUAGCAAUCCGUUCACCUCCGCUUCCGCGUCCAUGGCCACCUCUCCGGCCCGCUCUCCUGCUGCCUCCGAUUCCCCCCUCGACGGCGUCACGCUGCCUCCCGCUCCGGCCUCCGUCGUCCAAACCAUUAACAUCAGGUCGCACGUCCCGGUGACCCUCGACAUCAACGACUCCAACUACAGCCAGUGGCGAUGCUUCUUCGAUUCCGUCCUCGGCAAGUUCGGCCUCACCGCACACGUCUCUUCGCCGCCCGCUCUGGAUCAGCGCGACGCAGACUGGGUGAUGACCGACCACGUAGUCGUCAAUUGGAUCUACACCACCAUCUCAAAGAACGUCUUCGACAUCAUUUACCGGCCGCGCUCUUCCGCAUUUGCCGUCUGGGACCCCGUCGAAAGUCUCUUCCGCGACAAUGAGCUCCAGCGCGCCGUCUACCUCGAAGCCGAAUUCCGCACUCUCCAGCAGGGCGAGACGACCAUAACCGACUAUACUGCUCGACUAAAGACGCUCGCCGACAACCUGCGCGACGUCGGCCAGCCCGUCUCCGAGCCCAGCCAGGUGCUGAACUUGCUCCGCGGCCUCAAUCCGAAGUACCGGCACGUGAAGCCUGUCAUCACUGCCAAAUUCCCGCCGCAUACGUUUAUGAGCGCCCGUUCCUACCUUCUCUUGGAGGAACUGUGCGCUCAUCACGACGAAAAGAUGGAUGCUGGCCAGGCUCUCUACGCCGGCCACUGCUCGUCCUCCAACAAUGCCGCUGGGGACACCGACGCCUCUCCGCGCUCAGGCGGCCUCAGGAACGGAUCACGCACCAAAAAGCGCGGCCGCGGCCGCAACUCCGGCUCCAGCGCCAACGGCGGACUCGGCCGUUACAACAACACCGCCAACAACUCCGCCGGCCCCCCUAGGCACCCUAAUGCCCCGGGGCUUCCUUGGGCCGCGGGCUACAACCCAUGGACCGGCCUGGUUCAGGCCUGGCCAAUGCCCUUCCGUGCGCCCGGCUCUGGUGUCUUAGGCCCUCGUCCGCCAUUUCAACCCCAGCAGGCAAUGGCAGCACAGCACCAACUCGACCUCCCCGGCCCAGGCGCUUCGUCGUCUUCUUCCUGGGAUCAGCAAGCGCUGUUGAGUGCGCUCAACUCCGUCGGCGUUCCGGCACAGGCCCCGCCGAGCUCCAGCGACUGGUACAUGGACACCGGCGCCUCCGCGCACAUGUCGAACGCACCUGGAUCUUCCAACUCAAACUGUGACGCUCCGCUGUGAUAGCUCUGGAGAACUCUACCCUCUGCGCCUGCCUCCACAGCUCGCUCUCAGCGCGUCAUCGGCAGUCGA